AUCUUAUCGAUAUUCAUCUCAACUUGUCCUUCAUAUAAAACUUUAACCUAGGUACCUUUGAACAUAUCACCUAUCAAAUGCUCAUGGCCUAGGUUUAAGAUUAGGAAAUCCAUUAACAAUUGAUAUCUUAUUCUCCGCUGGUCAUGGCACCUAAGAGAUCUCUUGAAUCGGAUGCCGCAGCCACACCGGCAGCAAAAAAGCUUCGCAAAGGCUUUCGAGUAGGCCCAGAAAACUUACCGGAUGGUCCUUGGAGGAGAAAAGUUGAUAAAAUAAAGAAGGAUCUCAUACAUAAAGCAAAGGUCAAAAAGGCAUAUAAGAAGAUAAAAGCUGCAGAGCAAGCAUCUUCUAAACCUAACACUACUCCCGCCACUGUGGAUGCAGAUGUAGAUGUAGAGCCAGAGCCGCCAGAGCCCCAACUCCAUCCCGAGAGGCAGGCCAUGCUAGACGUAGAUGAGGAGCAAGCAGAGCCCUCCUUUCCGCUUCCGUUAGGAGACCACCCCCCACGCCAGCGGAAACAGAAAGUUCGCAAGCCCGGCUACUUCGACAAAGCGGUAGCUGACGGGGACCGCAAAAAGGCGGAGGCUGAAGAGCGUACCCAGGAGAUUGCGAGACGGAAUGCGGAGCGGGAAAGUAAGAUCGCAGAGCGCGAGAAGUUUAGGAAAGCCAUGGCGAAGGCACGGAUGCCAGGUCGAGACGGCCAGCGAAAACUAGGUCGUGAGAGCGGGUUACUACUCGAGAAGGUGAAAAAAAUGGUCGGAGGUGCGAAGUGAGACGGUUUAUUUCGGUAGCGGCAUCGUGGCCACUUAAGGACGACCGAUCAAAUGAACGGUUCGACUGUCUUUUAUCUGCUGCAGUCAAUCUCGAGGCACGCUUCACUUAAAAUUAAGCUGUACACCACCAUAUACAACAAGGUCAAGACCAUUCA